GGAUGGUUGCACGAGCCCGCAGGUGAAAACGCUUCGUGUAGCAAUUAACAAUCGAGCAGCCACUGAUGGAAGUAACAGCGAACGUAGCCAGUCCGCCAAGCCGUCCGCUCUCUGUCCGUCGUGCGUCGGCAGAGAUGGAACGUGCUGACAAUUCCACGGCGGAGGAACCCAUGAGUCCUACCGGAAGAAUCUUGGAGGAGAUGGGUGUCUGCAUCGUCGUUGUGAUGGGGCUUGACUCGCCGGUGAACCUGCCCGUCUUCCGCUCCGGCAUCGAAACAGAGCUGAUUACCCGUUCCUCACGCUUCCGCAGUGUUCAAAUAAUGGAUGGACCCGAAGAUGACAAGCCGCAAUGGGUGCAAACAGCGGUAAACGUGGACGACCACAUCAUCGUCCCGAGGCUGGAUCCUGCUGCCGUGGCUUCUAACCCGGAAAAGGCCGUGGAGGACUAUGUAGCGAUGUUGUCCACACUCCCUAUGGACAGGGGACGCCCGCUUUGGGAGUUCCACUUCCUCGACUUGAAGACCUCCGGGGCGACCUCUACGGUGGUGCUCCGUCUGCACCACUCCAUCGGUGACGCCAUGUCCAUCAUGACACUCUUCAUGGCUUCGGCACGCAGCACAGCUGACCCAACUAGGCUGCCGGCCAUGCCACCGCCGCCUAGAAGGACCGGCGCGAUCUAUCAACAGCGGACACGACCUCCGUUGUCUUCGUCAAGCGAUUACCUGGCUUGGGUUUGGUCAUAUUUUGUGUUGGCAUGGCACACACUGGUGGAUGUCGCAUUGCUUGCUGCAACGGUACUGUUCUUGAGAGAUCCCCGUACGAUGUUCACACAUAUAUCAGAUGGCAGCGGGUCUCGCCGUUGCAAGCGCUUCAUGCAUCGAAGCCUUAGCCUUGACGAUGUCAAGCUCAUCAAGACAGCCAUGAACUGCACCAUCAACGAUGUGCUAGUUGGUGUGACUUCAGCUGCUCUUUCACAAUAUUACUUUAGGAAGUCUGGAGACACUAACACCAAGAGAAUCUGCUUGCGAUCAAUCCUCCUUGUCAACACAAGGCCGGUCUCUAGUCGACAAACAUAUGUUACCAAGGUAGAGAGAGGGAAUCGACUUAGCAGCCUCAUCUAUCCAUUUCAUAUAGCCUUGCACAAUGAUCCCCUUGAGUAUGUUCGCAAGGCAAAAAGGUCUAUGCAUAGGAAAAAGAGCUCUUUAGAAGUGAAGUUUGUACAAGUGGUUGUUGAAUUUUUGGUGAAAUACUUUGGCGCAAAGACUGGAGCUUUUAUCUUCCGCCUCUUUGCCACACGUACAAGCAUGCUCUUAUCAAAUGUUGUUGGGCCAUCUGAACAUAUAACGCUAUGUGGGCACCCAAUUUCCUUCAUGGCAAUCACUACCUGCGGGCAACCACAGAGGACGAGGAGUAGGAUAAAGGAUCAAAUUGAAGGUGGCAACAACGUGCACAGUAGAGUGGGCCAAAUAUCAUCGAACUGCCUGAAGAUGGGAUGGAGAUUGGUUAGACGCCGCACUCUCCGGCCAUAAGAAAAUGUGAAGAAUAUGUACUUUAUGUCUUCAGUGGCACUCGACCAAUGCGUUAAGUCUUGGAGUUUGGCUCUAUAGAUAUGGUAACAACCUGCAAGAGAGAUCAAAGAGACCAAAUUCGACCCCAUCCUGCAAAAACAAGGCAUUUAUUGGAGGUGGUGAGUAAAAAGUGUUGGCAAUGCAGUGGCUAAUGGUUCAUAGAGUAUCCAUCUAUCAAGCCAGAAGAAGGUGGAGGAGCCAUUGCCAACUUGGCAUUGGGAAAUGAGAUGCAAGCUAUGUAGGCAUGCUAUCUUCUUCAACGCACAUGCAUAGCUUGUGUUUCCUGAAGCUUCUCUCCCCACAAAAAAUUGAAACCUUACCUUGUGUUUAGGUUGAAAGGACCCAUGUACAUGUAAGGGUGGGUGUUUGAGUGUGGGGUUUACCUAAAAUGGUUAUUAAGAAAAUCUCAAGAAAAAAGUCAUAGAUAUUCAUCAUGUUAUAAAAUAA